GCAAGUUAUGAGUCAUGGGCAAAAUUCUAAACAUUGUACAGAAAUUUCACAUUCCAUACGGCCCACAAAGAUCUGGGGUGAGUCCAUAUGAGCUAAUGACAGGGCGGGUUAUGAAGCUUCCAAUUGAUCCAUAUAUUUUCCCAGCAGACCUUGGGCCUCUAACUGUUGCCAAACAGCAGACUGUGCUGAUGCAGCUGCAGGAAUGCAUUAAGGUGCUUUACGCACAAGCAGCAUUAAAACAGAUAAUUAAUUAAGUCAGAUCUGGUCAGUGAUGCACAAUUGAAGCAAAUUUGCAGAGGGAGAUGGUGAUGAUGUAUGUGUUCACAGCCGUGUGACCGUGACCAUAUGAGGGUAGCUAAGAUGGUACCACAUGUCACAAUGCAAAUGGUUUAAGGGCCAUUAAUGAUUAACUGUGUUUUGUUUUGUGAUUACAGGUCAACCAGCGGUAUACGAUGGGUGCCCGACGUCAGGAAAGUGUCGGGGCCAGAAUGCAUUCAAUCGGGCCAGAGGGUCCAACUCGCACAUAAUUUCAGGUGUGGGAGAUGGAUGUGGAAAUAUUCAAAGGGGCCAUACACACCUCAUAUUCCAAUUCCACCCAAACAGAUAGUUACAUGGCCUCCUGGAUUAGCACCUGAACCCAAUUGAGACACACAAUUGGGUUGUAAAACAGGAUCCACCCAUCUUAAUCUUAUUCUUAUUAUUACAGUGCAUGCAAAGCAUUUGUAUGGCUAGUUAUCUAGCUGAUGUUACAGUUUAUUUAAUUCAUUAUUAUAACAGGAAACCCUCAGUGCCUGGUGCCUGGUCAGCUUCAUAAUAACACAAAUUUGUAUUCACACAUAUGAACAUGAGUUCAUAGUAACACACGCUAGCAGCUGCCAACCGUUGAUUAUCUGGCAUGAGAUCAUGCAUGUUUUACAUCUCUUGUGGAUGUUUGGGCUCUGUAGCAUCCCGUUAAAUACAGUUGGGUGGAAAUACACAACACCCAUUACUUUAUCGUUAUGGAAGACUGAAUGUAACUAAUGUGAAUGAAAAUGUGUUAUCGAGCCCAUGUUGUUUUUUCCCGAUAUGUAUGUGAAAGAGGGAGAGAGAGACAGAGAGAGAGAGACUGCUUUGCCUGGCAGAGUUACUGUGCUCGUUACUAACUACCAAGCAAAAGAAUCUAUCUUUAACUCUAUCUAUCUUCAUGUCCUUAUCCCCUCCCCAGUCUCACACUCCAUAAUGCCUCUCUUUCUCUAUUUAUCACUCUAUCUUUCAAUCUAUCUUACAUGGCCUAAUCUAUAGUCUUUACCCACCUCUCUGUUCUCUUCCUUUUUACCAUCCUUCUCUUUUGCCUAUCUAUAUGCCUUGAAUUGUGUUAAAUGAUUUUUUUUUUUUACUUUACAUGUAUUUAGAAUUUGUGUUUGCUUCAGACUGCUUUGCUCUUCCCCUCUCUUUCUAAUCUUUAACUUUUUUUAUGUCACAUUUUACAUUUUUUGCUUUGCAUGAAGUGGUAUUUCCUCCAGGAAAAGCAUAUCUAGCUAACAUCCUCAAAUCUCCAUGAACUGUAUUUACAUCCAGUUUUAUUUCAAAUGUAAUGUAUUCCUGAAUCUAUCACGGAUGUAUGUUUCAUAAUGUCGUGUAAAGCCUCCAUAUUCUAAUAGGUCUUCUGGACGUAGCCAGAUAAAACGGUCAUCCUAAUGAAAUGCCAGUUUGAUUUGAUUUGGAUUUUCACCAAUAUUGCUACCUGCCAUGUUGAUUUCCCACAACUGUCGGCACCAGGCCGUGAAGCAAAUGCAACAAGUCUUCCCUCCCCCCGGCACAGCCUGACACGCUCUUCAUCAACGCAGAAGGCAGGUGGAACGGGAAACAGAAUCCUAUCUCGGCGGUCUUAUAGAAUUUCUAUUGUGAACUGUAGAGAUUCUUAAUUUAUUCACCCACGGAUCUAGACUACAUCUAUUUUUAUCGUAUGCAAAAAAACCUGAAUGCCAACAGUUAGUAUCCGCUUCACCAAGGAGUAGGCUACACAGAUAUCCACAGUCUUACUGUAGGGUAGGGUUUCCAUCAAGAUGUCCGCCCUUCUGGACCUCAAGAGCAGUGUGCUUAGGCAAGUGCAGAGAAGCCAAUCCUUGCGGGGACGUAGGGAGCCACCUUCCCCCACUGGUGGCCCCUUGACUAAGGCUUCUGACACUACUACUCAUGGAAUUACAGAGGGUAAGGAGUUCCUUAUGCGCAUGAAUGAAAUCCUCCUAAAACAAGAACAUAUGAUGGAUGCUGGACACACACAGCACAAAGAGAGAGUCUCUCUUUUUCACCUCCUGUGGAGCAUUCUGGCACAGCUUUUGUCACAGAAAGGGCAACCAGACAAGAGUUGGAUGUCCUCUAUGAAGAGGCUGUGUAUACCAUCAUCAAUCAGGUUGGGGUUCCCUCUCAAGACCAUGUAACCAAUCAAAUGGAGAUUUUCAGCUAUCUGCAGAGGGUUUUUGACAUUGGCCAUGAAGAGCAUGACAUAAUAUUGCAGAAAGUCAAAGAAUCCAAGAGAGCAAGUUUCUCUCUCAGGGUAUCUGUCAUGAAGGGGAAGAAUCUCAUGGCUAAGGAUGCUAAUGGAUAUAGUGACCCCUACUGCAUGCUGGGUGUCCUUGGCAGACAAAGCCAAAAAGAGUCUGAAGAAAAAAGAGAGCGGAGGUUUAGUUUCCGCAAACGGCGUGAGAAGCCGGAAAAGUGCAGUAGCCCUAAAGAGGCUCCGGCUACACGUUGUAUUCAAGUGACUGAAGUGAAGCCUGAGACCCUAAAUCCUGUCUGGAAUGAGCAUUUUGUUUUUGAUAUUGAUGACGUGUACAGUGACCUUCUUCACUUAGACAUCUGGGACCAUGAUGAUGAUGUCUCUGUCGCAGAGGCUUGCAAGAAGUUAAAUGAAAUCAGUGGUAUCAGAGGAAUGGGCAGGUACUUUAAGCAGAUUGCCAAGUCUGUGCGUGCAAAUGGGGCGGCAGCAUCCGGAGGAGAUGAAAAAGCUGAUGACUUUCUAGGAUGCCUGAACAUACCUUUAAGUGAAAUACCAGUAGUUGGUUAUAAUCAGUGCUUUAAGCUUGAGCCCCGCUCCACUGCCUCCAAAGUGCAAGGAGAGUGCCACCUCAUUCUGCGACUCUUCACCAGUCAGAGGGACACAGACCUGAGUAAGACUCAGUCCAGCGUGAUAAUCCACAAGAUGAUGCUUUGUCAAAUUCUGGAUUAUGAACACUCUCACGUUCAGGUAGAGCCUUAUAAUUGGAAUGGCAAAGUGAGUGCCCCAGCAGGGACACUAAUUUCCCAUCAUGCCAUGCAAGCGGACCUCUCUCUACUGCAACAGGCAAUCAUACUUUGGCAGGGCUACAGCAGCCACCAUCGGUCACAGAGAAUGUGUUAUUCUUCCCUCCUCGAACUCCUUAAGACCAUUAACACAGAAUGGGACCCAUCAGCUGUACAUGGAGAGAUGGAGAUACUCAGAGAAGGUUUAAGGCUGCACAGUGAGUACUGCCUAUUUCUUAUCACAAACCUGCGCCAGGUGUUCCCCUCGUCCCACCCUGUUGCUGUCACUCGCUGUGAGCUCAUGCUAAGGGGCCUAUGUUACAUGCAGGGAAUGGAGGCCUUCCAGGAAGUGUUCCCUUUAUGCAAUGAAAUACAACUGGAAAUGGCAGCUGCCGUAAAGAAAGGGACAAUGGAAUGGUAUGACAGAAUGACUGCACAGUUUAAACGUGAUGAAGGGACAUUGGAGGAGGAGCUGAAGCAGCUUGUUCAAGUGGUGGAUGACGUGUGUGCUGAUGUUCAGAAAGGAUACCAUAUCUACAAUACACUCUUCCACAGUACAGUGAAGGUGGAUUUCUUCAGCAUCUCCUAUCGACAGUUAGACAAAUUGGUGGCAGAUCAUGUAAGUGUUGCUAUGGAGAAAGUAUGUGGAACCAUGGAGCAGGAGAACUCAAGGAUGACCCAGAUGAUGGGAGAAACCCUCUUUGAGCUUUACAUAUCUCUGAAGACACUCAAGAGCUUCAGGGAGUUCCUGCCUCUUCGGGACACAAAAAUGCUGGCAUUGAAUGGAUUUCACAACUGGUUCAAAUGUGCUGUCCAUAAAUGGCUUCAAAUCGUUCAUGAGCAGUCGUGUGACAGAAUUCGCAGAGCUGUUGAAAUGGAUCAGUUUGAGCCAAUUCAGCAGAAAGCUAAGCACAGUUCCUCAACCAUGGAUGUCAUGACCUGCUUCAGCCAGGUGCAGGAGUUGUGGGCUCAGCUAGCCUGGCCUGACACUGCAGGAGCCAGCAUUUUCAUCACACACCUCACAGAUAACAUUUGCAAUGAAGCAGUAUAUUACUCAGAGCUGCUGAAGCGGAAGAUUGAAAGAGGUCAUCUGGGACCAGACCAUACGAAUCUGAUCGUGCAGUUGUGCACCGCACUGAACAACAUAGAUCAUGUGGACGUGUACUUAUGCAGACUUCCACGUGAGUUGGACUGGAAGUGUCUAGAACAGGCCAUGGAAGAGUCUUGUGGACUAGAGGGACGAGAACAGGUCAUCAAGGCACUGAAUGGUCGGCUGCACAAUGCAAACCUCGAGCUACAGAGAGAAUCCAGGCACAUUAUCACACACCUCACUGAGAAGAUGCUGUAUGAAUUCAACAAGUGUGUGCAGCACAUCGGUCUCUCUCCAGAUUCAAUCCAGAAUGAUGAUGCAGUAUCUCCCUUAAUGAAAUACCUAAAUGAAACGUUGGUCAUCCUCAGAGAAGCCCUGAUCAAGCAAAAUCUGGACAGGAUUCUAAGCACUUUGUGGGAACUACUCUUAAGGCUGAUUCUGGAGACUGUCAUGGACAACAGGGGUGUCCAAGUGGAGUUCUACACCCGUUUCCAGUACACUUUGGAGGUACUGCUAGAAUUCUUUAAUGCUGAGGGGGAAGGGAUGACCCUAGAGGACCUAAAAGGUGAAGAUUACAAGGCCGUAGAAGAAGAACUACGACUAAAUAAGUGUUCAUCCUUUGAGCUGAUUGAACAAUAUUUCCUGGAGAAGAUCACACAGCAGAGGAUAUUAAAACAUACUAAAUUUGGACGCAUCAGUUUGAAGUGCUAUUAUGAUGCACCCGAGCAAAGACUUACGGUCGAGAUCCUUCAUGGUGCCGACCUCAUUGCCCUCGAUGCCAAUGGCUUGAGCGAUCCCUUUGUGAUUGUGGAGCUGUGUCCCCAUCACCUUUUCCCCUUUGCUAAAAGUCAACGAACUCAGGUCAAAAUGAAGACUCUGCACCCGGUCUUUGACGAGCUCUUCUAUUUCCAUGUUACCCCUGAGCAGUACAGACACAGAUUUGCCUGUGUGACUUUCACUGUGAUGGACUACGAUUGGCUGUCCACAAAUGAUUUCGCCGGAGAUGCCGUGGCCCCCCUGAGUGACUUCUGCUGGCCUGGCAGACCCACCGCCAGUCCUGGUGGCAAAAACCUGCAGCCAUUAAUUCUUCACCUGUCCCGGGAAAAACCUAGUGAGAAGCCCAUCAUGAAGAUGCUGGAUGCCAGAACAGGAGAUCGGGAGGCACAGGAGUUUAUUAAAAUGUUGAAGGAGAUUGAAAAAUGUAUGGAGGAGGAAUAGAUUGUAAUUCUUUGUUUAACAAGUUGUUAUUAUUAUGUAUUUCAUAUGUUCUAUGUGUUCAGUUUAUAAGCUCAGUUAUUUAUAUGCUUGGUUGGGUUGAAAAAUAGUACUAAUUGAAUUGUGCAUGCUGUUCUGUGUUAAAAACUGUAUUACUGAGAAGAAAAUGCUUUUAACAGAAGAUAAUUCUAUGUUUAAAUCUCUGUUUAAACUAUGUAUUGUGUAUUAAUGUAGCUGUAAACAUAAAAGGUGUACCUUCGUACAAAAGGUGUAGAGACAGUAAGGUGAUAUUCUGGGCCGGUAUUCACACAGCAUGUUAAGGCUAAAAGUUGCUCCUAACUUGCCAGUUUAGGAGGAAAUCAUGAAAAUAAUGGGUUGUCACAAUUUUUUUUACUAAGAGUAAUUCACAAAGCCGCUUAGCGCUAAAACUAGUAAAUCUGGGAGAAUCAUUAAGACCAACUGCUGAACAAACAUUUCUAUCUUUCCACAUAUUUUGGAAUGCAGAUGCAAAAUUGCUUCAAAGAUACUGUCUCAAUCUUGAGGGAAUAAUGGUAACGCAUGUACGAAAUGAACUAAGAGCAACCAAACAACCAACCAACCAAAAUAAUCCAUUCACCCUUUUAGCAUCCAAUCUGUAGUGUGACAGGAAUACUCUUAGCGGUAAGACAAAAUGCUUUGUGAAUAUGGGCCCUGAUGUUCAACUUGAUAGGAAAACAUGGUAAAAAGAAGUAAUUGUAAUGAAAUUUUCAUGUUCAACUUGAUGGAAAACUUGGUAUAUAUAUAGUACUUAAACUAUUAGAAAAUUGUUGAUCAUUGUCAUUCCAAAAGGUAGGCUUCGGGAUCAAUUUGGAAUUCGUAUUGGAACAUUCCUUGAAUGUUUGAUUGUCCUGUGGUUUGCCAGGAAAGUGUUCUUAUGUACAUUAAUGUUUUGACAGCACAUUUUUGUUUCUGGAAGGUUCCUCUAGGUUAUUCUUAGUGAAUAUCCCUGUUUGGUUGUGUUAAAAUUCCCCUUACUGACACGUACUAACCUUGGCCCAUAUUCACAAAGCAUCUUCAGGCUAUAAGUAGCUCCUAACUUGCCGAUUUAGAAGAAACUCCUAUAAAUAAUGGGCGUGUCAGUCCUAACUGUGGGACUCCUCGUUGUUUUGACUAAGAGCAAUUUACAAAGUCCAUUAGCGCUAAAAGUAUAACCUAAGUCUGGGAGAACGAAGAAGUAGCCUAGUCGAGAGGACUAAGACCAAUAUCCAAACGAAUAGAAAACGGCAGUUUAUCAUUCCACGUCAUCAUGUUUUUGUAGCCUAUACAAAUGCAGCAUUACUGAAAAGAUACUGUCCCAAAUGUGAGGGAAUAAUUACAGAGUCUAUAAGGAGUAUGUGAAGCGUGAAUAGCGUGAAGUGUUGUAUAAUCUUUCAUUUCAACCACGCCAUUACGCUUACAUAAUUGGCCACUUAUCAGAUAUUUCCCAAACUUUAAAUGAAAUAUUAUUAAGGUUUCUAUUUUUCUUUUCAACCACGCUAUUAAAUGUACAUAUCUGGCUGUUGUCAGAAAGGUUCCCUUAUGUGACAUGGUAAUGGGACAGAUCGUUUAUUUUCCGCGGCGAGCAAGAAACCUCGGAGAGGAUUUAUGCAAACCAGAGAAAACUCUUGCCCCAUUGAAGUCAAGGGGAGACUCGUGGGAUUUCACCAAAACAUGCUCAUUAUUUCUCUCUUGAGUGGUUAAGGGUCUUUUUGGAGUCAUUUAUCAUAAUCCACAAGUGGUUUUGAUCAUUUUGCACAUAAGACUACAGCUGUCAGUGAGUUUAUUAGGAAAAAAUGACUUAAAUCACAACCUAUGGUAACUUUUUAAAUGUUGAAGAAGUGUAUGAAAUGAUAACUAGCUAGCUGUCAUAACUGGUGUUAGUUAAAACUGACGUUUGAAACUGAUCAAGUGUACUUGCAUUAUGCAUAAGUCAAACUAAAGUCCUUAGUUAGUCCUUACUUGUCCUUAUCUGGUUGCUGGUUAGCUCACGUUAACACACAUUAGCCACGUUGCCAUGGAUACUGCCAAACAUGUAUGGAAGCACGAUUUUCCCAAACCAUUUAAACAUUGAAAUUAAAUAUUGAGAUGUGAUAGUGGAGACUUGCAAUAAGGGAAUUACGAUAUUUUUAAAUCGCAGAUUCAAACAAUGCCAUCAAGUUGGCUGAUGUUUAAACUAAAGCAUGAUGGAUUUGGAAGGGGAAGUCCUGCCCUGUAUUAUAAAUUAUAAAGAGCCAAUCACAUUGUUGGAAAUGGCAUGAGCGACGAUUCUCCUCCCUGCAGGUUCUGGUUAGUUCCACUGUUGUCAUGACAACUGUGCCGCGACAUUUGGUGCAUGCGCGGUGAGCAAGUCAAUACAAAGAAUACAUUAUUUUUUACGAUUCAAGCUUUAUUUGAGUGCUCUCAACAUUCAUUUAGAUAGCAGCCCGGAAGCAUUGCCAAGAUGGUUGCCGAGUGGCAAGACUUGCCUACAGGGAUUUUGACUCUACCACUGUUGAGCAAUCACACUUCGAAUGUAUCUCUAGUUAUGUAAUUUGAAGCGUAUGUCAAUUUUUUUUUUUUUUAUCAGUCUUUGGUAGUCUAUCUAAUUGAAGUGGUUAGCGUCACCACUUUGCUGUGUAUGUCGCUUUGGAUAAAAGCACCUGUUAGGUACCAGUCCUUUACCUUUACAUCCCUACUCACCGGCACAGACAUGUCAUUCAUCAACCAAUCACAGAGGUCAUUGGAAGCAAGCUUGUGCUUGCGAAUUGAUGUCAGCCAUAGCAACAGUCUUUCUCUUAGCUUAGAAGUUCUAGCUUUUCCUUAGUAAAAGUAAGUCUAAGCAACUGUGUGAAUAGGAUUUACAAGAAAACCUUUAGUUAGAAACUUUUAGUGCAACCUGAAAGUGCUCUUAGUGGUAAGAUAAAAAUGCUUUGUGAAUACAGGCCCUGUAGCAAAUGUUCUCAAAACUUUGGGAGAAGGUUGAUGUAAUACUAUGAAUAGGAGAACUAUAGGCUAACAUUCAUUAACAUGUUUGCUGGGUUGCUGUGUUUGUUGGAUCAUUGGUGCACUGGGUGACUAACUGUUAAUUUAGCUAAAUAGUUAGUGAUAGCUUACAGUAGCAGCAGUUGACAAAAUGUUGGAUUGCCUCUAUCUUUUAAUUCUGUACAGCCCUGUGAUCUCUGUUGGAUACUAUCAAUGCACAAUCCGGCAUUGUCAAAAUAAAAUCUCCUGGGCAGGAUUUGA